UGAAGAAAACUCACGUCGAAACUAGGAUAAAGAAGCUUACAAGUGGAGCAGCGAUUGACUGGGCAACAGCUGAAGCACUCGCCAUUGGAAGCCUUCUUUAUCAAGGUGAGCCAGCUACUUGUUCUUGGUCCAAUUAUUGAAAAGAGUUUCUAAAACUGCGGCAGGACUAGCUAAGUCGGUAGGGGGAUUAGUGGGAUACCAAUGUAACCGAAGUCUUCCUCAUGAAGAUACCAAAAAACCUUAAAAUUGUAAAAUCUUUGAUACCGAAUACCUAAAAUUCUCUUGUAACAGAAUACCAUAUACCGUACCUAAAAAUGAUUUGUCAGGUUACUGAGAGAUAACACACUCAGAUAUUGUGUGUAUCUUUUGGUGCACUGCAGUCGGUCACGAGCAUUUUGUAUUCCCUCCUUUGCCAAAUCCUGGCGAACUGGUGAGCAUAUUUCGAUAUUUUUGUCAGAAUACAUUCAUAUAUAAAAAAAAUGUAACAAAACUUUGUGUUCUAAAUCCAAGAUACCAUAAAUUCAGGAAAACGAGAUACUUUAAUACCGUAUACCAGCUUAUACCUGAAUAAAAAAUGACCGUGGAUACCCGUAGACCCCCAGAACCCCGCCUGGGCCUGAGAGUGGAAGGUCGUGGGGGUCUAUUUCCGAGACCGGAUCAGUUAUCAGGAUCCUAGUGCAUGCUAACUACAACCUGUUGCAAUAGUGCUUGAGACUCUGAACCGUACUUUGGCUUAAAUGGCCUCUCCAUGACAUUGUGCUUGUGAACCCCCCUCCACCCCUGGAAUGGAAGGGAAGAGGGAGGUUAGUAUUAUAUCUCACAGACCAGGGACUAGCAGCGAUAUGUCAGGAGAGGGAGAGGUCGUUUUUUCGUCGGAGUAUCUCAACAUUUUUACGACUGGUUCACCGUUGUAGCUAUGCAGGAUUUGCCGGUUGACUGGCAGUAUCGCCAUAUAUUUCUUGCAAUAAUGUUGAGUCUAUGGUCAUCGGCAAGGUGAUAGCCUUUGAUGUUAAUGAUUUUGUCGUCAUGCGUCAAUUUUAGGUCCCGUUUACGUGAAGAAAACUUGUCGUGGGUAGAAGGUUCACUCGCCUACGCGAGCUACCCUGGGCGAGCCAACUUUUCAAACAUUUCCUUUCAAAAGUUUAGAAACCAAAAGUUUGCUCGGCCACAAGGGUCGACCCUUUUUCGAUAGUAGGGUAUAAACCAGUGGUGGCGUGGCGAAAUGUCGGCUGGUUACUCAGGCUCUGUUGCCUUUUGUUUGAGAAUCUCCUUAAGUGAAUCUCUUUGCAUUCACGUCGCAAGAACAUACUUUUCAAUGUAAGAGAAGCCAAUGGCGUUAUUUCCGCAGCAGUGCACUGUCUCAUUAUUUAGCUUCCUUACUUUUGCUGUACAGGGUACCAAGUGCGUUUCAGUGGACAAGAUGUUGGAAGAGGCACGUUCAGCAACAGACAUGCCAUGUUAGUGGAUCAGUCAACAGAUGAGAUGUUUGUCCCUUUGAACAACAUGUUUGAGCAACAGAAAGCUUUCCUUGAGGUAAUUGACUUCGUCGAGGCCUGUGAUUGGGUUGUAUAGAUAAAUCUUGGGUUGGGCUGCAAAUCUGAAGGUCGUAAGUUUAGGUCCAGGUAAUGAAGUCGUGUUGUUUCCUUAGUUACACCUCUCUCUAGUUCAGUUUUUCCUGCAGUCCUUUGAUUUUGAAAGCAGAGGAAGGUUGAAGAGACGAGAAAGUUUAGUCAAUAAGGAUGAUGCGAGGGAGGGAGGGGGAUAGAGGUUACCUGUCUCCUCUUACCUAUCCCCUUCCUUUCUCCCUGUGGAUCAGGCGUGUACCACAACAUAGCGGCCAACAUAGCGACCUCUAGUGCUCUUGGCCACAAGGUACCAUAAUGCUUCGUGAGGAGGUCCUGUUAGGAGAAAAUAUCCCACUACAGACGAAAGUUGCAAUACCAGCACUCGCAGUUACUUUAUGCUAUAGAUACAGGUUAAAGCUCCGCUGAUCUAAGGCUUGCCAGUGCCUCCCACUUAAAGUUUACCUUGUACUUAACCGACACUUACAACUUUGACUAAAGCCGCUUGCAAAAACAUUGGUCAGCGGUGAGUUGACCGAGAUAGUUGUUUAAAAACUUGCUCACAAAAUCGCUCCCGAUGAGCAUGAGUUUUUCAUUUAGUUUGGCUUCUCUACUGUAGUUAGAUGAAGCUAUCAAACCUUGUAUUUAUUUUCUUUUUCAACUUUUGCCUUGUCGUAUACACUCUAAUACUCGGAGUUAUAAUUUUGCAUAACUUCGACAAGCUAAGCUAACUGCGGGUUGGUGAUGUAUGUAGCUUUGCCUCUGAAAACCUAGCCUGUUUCAGGCGUUCAGAUAGUGAAGACGGCACAAAGUUGUUGUUGUUGUUGUUGAUGUUGAUGUUGUUGCCAGUUGUUGAUAAUUGAAGACUAUAGUUCCUUUUCCUUACACUAGGUUGUCAACAGUCCUUUGUCGGAAGAAGCCUGCCUUGGUUUUGAAUAUGGCAUGAGUGUUGAAAACCCAAAUCACCUUAUCAUCUGGGAAGCACAGUUUGGAGACUUCUUUAAUGGAGCGCAGAUUAUCAUUGACACGUUCAUCUCGGGUGGAGAAGGUAACUAAAAGAAUACUGUCAAAGCUCUCGUAAGCGACCAUCCUGCCAGCACAGCCUUUCUUUCGCUGGCUUGAUUUUGGUGUACUCGAGAAAGACUGUGCAUGAAUCCAGCAAGAUCUUUGCUGACCAUGCGCGGCAUGUUGCUAGGAUAUAGUUUCCAACCCAGGCCUAAGAGAGAGCUUUAGUUUUGAGGACGAGGACGAGUACGAGUACGAGAUUUGAUUUAAAGUUUUUGUGCGUGUUCUUUAAAAAAGACACCCCGGAAAGCUUCCUUUUCAUUUUUUUUUUUUUUCACCAAAAAAGUUAGUGUGGUUAUUUAUACUGAAGGAGGUUAAGCCCGCUCCCGAUAGCAAAAUGAUAAAACGUCUUACAUUUGAUAACUUGUUCCCGCCACUACGACAUUCUCGCUAAAACUCGUUGUAGUGUGACGACGGCUAUCACGUUUUUCCGCCAAAAUGACGUUGGUUCACGCGUGGGAAAUACUCAGUACUGUGAAAAUCUCGUACUCGUAGUUGUCCUCGUCUCUGAAUCUAAAGUUCUCUAACAGCUGUGCCCUGGCAACAGCGGGCUCGGUUAAGACUAUCGUUUUAUCAAUUAAUGGAUGCUCGCACUCGAAAAAACCAGUUUGACGAGAGAAAACAAGACUGACUAGGCCAGAGGUUUCGGCUUUGGUGGCUUGAAAGGUUUGACGUGAUUCAGGCAGAGCCUUCUUUUUUCCUCUUUACUCAAGAAGACAAAUGGAUUCUAUGCUCGCAAGGUGGUAAGCGACCACCUGAACAAUCCAUAACAGCCGUCACAACUUAAGCUGGUCGUUUUCAAGAAUGCGCUCUCGUACACUACAAUAUCAAAACAGGGCGUUGUUCUUAUGCUUAUGUCUAUGUCACGGCCGUCCCCCUCUAGCACAUACCGUAUUUUGCUCGAAUAAGCGCCGCGGCGCUUAUUAAAAUUUCCAUGCCUCAAGUGCGGCGCUUAUUCGAUGGCGGUGUCAGUUUGAAAGUUGGACGCGACAAAUAAUUUUAUUAACCACGGUAUUAUUAUUUUUCGUAUUGAACUAACAGAAUUAAUGUCUUUUGAUUUUGAUUAUAUUAGGGCCGCGAUACUUAUUUCAGGUCGGCGUUUAAUCGGGGGCGGCGCUUAUUCAAGCAAAUACGAUAAGCUUCUAAUGCUCGUGAUUACGCUAAUGCUUGCGUUAUGUUCAUGCUUAUGCUUACGUCUGUGUUAAGGAUCUAUAAGAUUCUCUAAUAGAUAUAAUUAAUGACUAAUUUUCAGCGAAGUGGCUGAUGCAAAGCGGUCUAGUGAUGUUAUUACCACACGGGUAUGAUGGAGCCGGACCAGAACAUUCCUCCUGUAGAAUAGAAAGAUUUCUUCAGGUUGGUAUCCUGUCGCCCCUGGUAUGGUGAGACAGUCCUGCGUUCUGGAUUUCACGCCAUGGAUUUCGGAUUCCUUGUCAGUGGAACUUGGGACGCUUUCCAUUCAUCAAAAAUUCCUGUUUGAAAUGUCGGAAAUUUCACGUGCUCAGUGGAACGGUACAUUCCGGUUGCACAGACCCGACCCAAGCCACCGCGCGUUUGGUUAUUGUUCUUGUAAGAAGGAUACCAAAGAGCGGUACUAGGGACAACAAUUUUGUCUAAUGGAAAGGGACUUUUCGGUUGGAUCGACCGAAAUGACGGGAUCGGUUAAAGUGGGCCACCUUCAAAGGUGUUCCCAAAUAUUCCGGUCGGACAGAACCGAAACGGUCCGUUCCAAUUUGAUUUCUAACGGUCCGUUCCAAUUUGAUUUCUAACCGAAAUUUCCGGAAUUUUGGGCUGAAUGGAAAGUGUCCUUGGAUUCUGGAUUCCUUGAGUUGAUUCCGGAUUCUAAACCCCAGGAUUCUGGAUUCGACUGGCAAAAAUUUCCCAGGUUUUGGAAUUCGGAUGCCCUUACAUGGGGUGAAUCUUAGCUAUGACCCGUUCACUGUUAAGUGAAUUUCGCGUACAGUUUUACAUUUUAUAAACCUUGGCUGCGUUUUUUGGCCAAAAUAAUUCAGGAUGUAAGGAUUAUUGGAAAAUUUGACAAAGGUGCAGGUGCAUCACCCUUUUUUGCACAUUUUUUAGCCAUCGUUGCACAACUGCGACGUCUUAAUUUCGUGCGCCCGCUUCACGGAGUAGGUGAACACAACACAAAAAGUUUCUUUGUCUUUUUCUAAACUCAGACCCUGUUUACAUGGAGUGGGGGACCCCGGUCUAGUGGGGUAGGUUUCUUUUGUUUUGUGUCCCCUAGAGCGUGCAAACAAGAGAAACCAACUCCACUAGACCGGGGUCCCCCACUCCAUGUAAACAGGCCCUCAGAUACGGUCCUUUCGGAUUCAAUGCAGAAAAUUUCGCCAACAUAUGACAAAUUAAAUGAAACUGAAUAACAUCUAUGAAGUGCGAAUUUACUUCUUAAGUGAAUUUUCGGUUUGUUGUCAUCCAAAAAUUUUGCUACCAUGGCAACAUGACGUGACAACUUACCCUCUCUAUUUUGUAACAAUAUAUCAUCGUUUUUGCGGUUUUAAACUAACUGUUGUCUAUACUUUUGUCUUGUUUUCAAAGCUAACGGACAGCAAGGAAGAUGAAGUAGAUGGAGACAAUGUUAACAUGUACAUAGCAAACCCUACCACGCCUGCGCAGUAUUUCCAUUUGCUAAGACAACAGGUGAGUGCUAUGCCAAAUUGAUAAGGAUAUGACCGGUGACAAACCUCGACAAGCCCUCACGUAAUAAUUUUUGCUUUAUUUUCUCCACUUUCCCUCUGAGUUAUCGACUUUUUAUGUCUUACAGAUGCUACGCAACUUUCGUAAGCCACUUAUUGUUGUCGGGCCCAAACUUCUGAUACGACUUCCGGUAAGUAUAGUAACCAAGUAUCCAUGUCUUGUCUGUAGAGAACUUGCGGAGGACAAGUUAUGAUUCACACGUGAAAGUAUGUGUGAAUGAAAGGUCUAGACUUAAACGCGUUCAUACGAGAUAAAGUUGAUUUUUGUUUUAAAACAUAAGAGCGAAAUUUGGGAAAGCCAGGCCAACAAAAAUUCAAAGUUGAGGUUGUAAUUUAACCGUUUAAAGGUUGAAGCAUUGCCAAGACACCACUGAUUCUCAAAACGUUUUUAAGACUUAAAAAGUGUUUGAAAACUGAAAACAAGCUGAAACUGCGGAACUUGUCGCCGACACUUGUCAAAAAAAAAAACGUUUCCCGAAGCAGUUAAUUUUCAGGCGGGCAAAAAGCUUUUUAUUUUGAGAAAAGUGAAAAAAUAGUGGCAUUCAACAUUUUAGACAUCUUUACUUUUUUCCACCUCCUGGCCCCGGUUGUUCAAACGUUGGAUAGCGCUAUCCACGGGAUAAAAAUCUAUCCAAUGGAUAGCGCAAUUAGUUUCCCUAAUACUUAUCCGCUGGAUAGUGAUUUAUCCGGUGGAUAGCGCUAUCCAACGUUUGAACAACCGGGGCCUGGUAAAUAAAUAAAGAAAAAUGACAGAAAACGCCUUAUACGUGUGACCGUAUACCGUUGCUAGUUAUAGCAUCCAUCAAUCAAUCAAUCAAUCAAUUAAUCAACUUUAUUGGUACAUGCAAUUAAAAUGGGUUUUCACAUACCAAUUACAAUAAAAUCUAAUAUGAACAAUAGAAAUCUAAAAUAAACAUUUGAAAGUGAUAAAACAUUAUCAUAUUAUUUAAAAAAUAUAUAAUUUGUAUAAAAUAUGCAUCCUUAGGAAAGAGCGCGUUAUAGCAUUGUGGAUUUGCUGAGCUUGAUUAUUAAGUCCUCUUCCUUUGUUCUUCUGUACGUGCAAUAAAUGAACGUUAGUCAUUUUCCGUAAUUUUCUUCAGGCUGCUGUAUCAUCACUUCACGAGAUGGCUCCUGGAACUCACUUUCAACCAGUGCUAGGGGAUAGCACUGUUAACAAGGCGUCUGUGAGUCGGGUAGUGUUCUGUUCUGGUAAACAUUACUAUGCUCUAACCAAGCAAAGGGAAGCGAUCAACAACAUGAAUACAGCCAUUGUUAGACUGGAGGUAAGCAUCUAUGCCAGGCCUUAGGGCUUGGCAAUUCCUCAACUUAAGUCAAUUUUGAGACAUCUUUUGCAGUUCGGCAUUUGCGUCUGUACAUUUGAAAGGCACGUUUGUUACGGGUGCGGUAUGUUAGUAUGUAGAAGGUGUAAUCAAUGGUGACAAGUGAAAUUAGGGAAUAAUUUCACGCGCGUUUUGUCCAAGUUAGUUAAUAUUAAUUGUUAGUAAAAUCCAACUGGUGGUCUAUCAUCAAGGCUGUGUUCUGAUUGGUUGAGCUGCUACUAGGCUAUAUGUUAUAGCCCACUAGUAGCGCAAAGCGCCGGCUUUUUGGCGGCAAAAAAGGAUUAAAGUCGAGCUUUAACUUGCUAAAGUUGUUUUGUCUCGAUAUUUUUUGACCAACUAGUUGGACUUUACUAAAACAAUUAUUCCUCUCGCCCUCAUGGCCUCUGAGUCAAUAGCCCUUUCGGCCUUCGGCCUUAUGGGCUUAUGGCCCAUUCGGGCUCGAGGAAUAGUUAAUAGGUGACAGAGGAAUAGUUAUUGGGUGACAAAUUAGGCUCACAAGACUCGGGCUUUUUUCAAAGGUGCACGCCAUGUUUUCACCCUGGAAAAAGUUGUUAUAGCAACCUCGUUAUAAUUUUACGUGGGAAAUUAUAAAUUAACGCUGAAAUUUCGCGCCAAAAUUAAGGAGUAAUUUGUCACCUAUGAAAAGUGUAUUACAUGACUUAUGUCCCUCAAGGAGCUUUAUUUUCCGGGUUAAAAUUGCAUUUCUUGAUUCUUUAUAUGGGUUGGCUUUUGUAAUUUUUGCCGUCUAACCGUUUUCUGAACUUAAACUGAGGGUCAAUUGUCACAAUUUCUUUGUGUUUUUAUUCCAGUCGUUGUGUCCUUUCCCUGCCGAAGUGAUUCGUCAAGAACUUUCCCUGGAAAAGGUAUAGUUUCCUGGAGCCUCCCCGAACAUUCUUAGUCACGCGUUCCUGCCCCACGUCCUCCGCGGGGAGGCUUCUACUUUUUUUAGAAAUGUUGGUCACGUUUUGCAACGGUUGUAUGUUUUCCCACUCCUCGUAGUCUCCCACGCAGCCGUUUUUGUCUCGGCACGCAAAGCUCCUCCCAAAGAAAGUUUGUUAGGGAGGAGCGUUGCGUGACGCGACAAAUACGGCUGCGAGGGAGACUAGCCCACUCCUGACAACAAAAAGGAAAGGGGAUUGGGGAGUAUUGAUUUUAAAAAAGCAAAAAAAAUAGCGUCAUAAAUUAAAUCAAAAUUUGCCCGUUUGAGAAAAAGACAGUACAGGUAUAAGAUGGUGUAAGGAUAAAAUUAGGGUGGAACAUUUGCCUCUUGCUCUUUAAAGGCAUUUACUGUCUUUUUCAGAAUAUAUAUGGAGCCAAGAAGAACACAGAAAUAUGGGAGCUUGGAGUUUUGUUUCGCCACGAUUCGAAAAUAUUCUUGGAAUAAAGGUGACUUUCUCACUUUCAGCACUCAGCUGUUUCGGAAACACUACAUUAAACACAAAGGUGUAAGUUAAUCACACUUGUUUUUGUUUUUGUUCUAGCUAAAAUAUGCUGGUCGAAAAGUUUUGGGCGUGCCCGCAGUGGGUAUUGGAAAGCUACACUCACAGGAAGUAACAGGAGAUUUUAAAUGAUACCUUCUCCAAUAAUGCGGAUUGAUGAAUCAUACACCACAUGUCCUAGAGGUACGCUGCCGUCGCCUCGCUUCAUAAGGGCUUGACUAUGCUUAAAUGUUAAACACUUCUUUACAACCACCUGCUGUGUUAUAAAACUAUCUUGUAUCAGUUCAAGUCGUUUAGGCACAGGAGGCGCUCACAUCGGAUUAGAUUAUAAUAAAUGAGUAAUGAUUACUUCAUCGAUAGUUUCAAUUUUGCGCUCAACUGGUGAAAGACCUCAACAAAAAGAAUUGGGAGAGGGGUUGUCUGGGAUAAUCGGAAAUUGAGAAAGCUCUCGAACGUAUCGAUCACUUGCCGAGGAUACAUCUUAAAAGAAAUUUGAGCGCUACCGACGAUUUCUCGGUUCCACACCUCGCAUUCACGGACAAAUUCAAAAUAGCCGCCAAAAAAGGACUUUAUUUGAGUAUAAAUGUAUUUAGCAUGAAAGAACUUUUGAGUUUACCGUUUUUACGUCUGCUGCUGGAGACGGCACCCGCCAUUUUACUUGGUCAGCCGAACCAUGCGAAGGUCUAGCCGUUUAUUCAAAGGCAGCACCUUCAUUUUCAGUUAUUUUAAGACCCUGAGUAUUGGUCCGGUCCCGGGAAUCGAAACCGUGCCCUUAACUCUGCAGGCAAGCGCUCUACCGACUGAGCCGUACUCCAUGAAUAGAUUUUAAGUAAGUAAUCUUUAUUCAUUUAUCGUAAUCUAAACGGAUGUGAGUAGUCUCUGUGGUUUAGACGGUAUUACGGAAAGAAAAGGACAUAAAAUGCCCUAUAUGUGAAUCCGAAGUUACGAUGGACGCUUAUGUGCGGAUACCUCGCCACAGCACGGACAUAUCUCUAUUACGGACAUAUGGACCCAAAGAUACUAGCCUAAUCCAAGAUUUCCUUGCGGAGACAUCUGUGAGGCGUACUCUUGGCUAUUUCCCUUUGGUGUCCGUUCUAAGAGGUUUUGCUUUAUGGUUUUACGUCUACUGGAGUUCGAUUUGCCAGUCCUAAAGACUUGUCAGUUACAAACGUGCC